ACACCGCCGGCGCUCCCCUCCCUCUUUGCUGUGUACGAUCGCCGGCGUUGCUUUGUUGCUUUGUUGCUCUCUGCUUUCUGCAGCUGUUGAUCUGCAGCCCUCACCGAACCUGCUCUCUGCCUUCUGCUAAUGCACUCUCGCCGGAGCUGCUCUCUGCUCUCUGUUCUCAUCGAACCGAAGCUGCUAUCUGCCUUCUCCUGAUCUACUUUCUGCUCUCUGCCUUUUGCUGAUUUGCUCUCACCGGAGCGGCUCUGCUUUAUGCUGAUCUACUCUCACCGGAGCUGCUCUCUGCGUCUGCUGAUCUGCUCUCAUCAGAAGUUCGGAACUGCUUUUUGUUGAUACUUUCUUUCACUGCAGUUCAUAGACCCUGCUUUCUGCUGUUCUGCUCUCACCGGCACUUGUCUCUGCUCUCACCGGCGCUUGUCUCUGCUCUCACCGAUGCCGGUCACCUUUUGUGUGCCUCCUGUUCUAAAAUUGGCCUUCACUGCUUCUUCACAGCUCACACUUCACAUUCACAGCUUCUCCCACCCGAGUACAGAUCCUGGGUUCUCCUUUGCACCAGAUUUUGCUCCUGCUCCUGCUCUUGCUUCUCCACGGAAGAAGACGACAAAGGAGAAGCAGAGUCAUCAUCACCAUCGUCGCCGCUGAUCUUGGGAGGAAAGGGAAGGGUUUGAGAAAAACCCAGAUCUGGGUUUGCUAGUUGCCCUGUUUGGCAUCUUGUUUUCUUUUGAUUUUGAUUGUGAGCAAUUUUGAGUGGUCAGCUUUUGUUUUCAUUUUUAUUUUCUCAGAAACCAAACAUAUGAUUGUGGAAUUGAAAUGCACAUUUAUUUUCAUCACAGAGUUUGGUGGGUUUGAGAAAAACCCAAAGUUUGGUGGGUUUGAGGAGCUUGAGGCGCUGGUGGAUGUGGAGAAUAUUGGGUCGCAGAGGGUGCUGGAGAAGGCUGGGUUUACAAGGGAAGGGGUUUCGAGGAAGUGUUAUAUAUGCUCAAGGGAAGAACAAGAGAACCCAGAUCUGGGUUUUUUUCGAACCCAGAUCUGGGUUUUUCUGGAACCCAGAUCUGGGUUUUUCUGGAACCCAGAUCUGGGUUUUUCUCGAACCCAUAUCUGGAGAGGAAGAAGAAGGGAGAAGAGAGAGCAAAAGAAUAAGAAGAAGGAAGAAGAAGGAUGAGUAGGAAAUCUGGGUUUACCUUGCUUUUUUUUUUUCUUUUUUGAGCUGCUGGAUUUUUCGAAGUUGCUGGUUUGCUUGGAGCUUGGAGGAGAUGCAGGAGAAAGAAGAAAGGAAGGUUGGAGGAUGAGGAUGAGGGCAUUUAAGUAAUUUUAUUUUUUUAAUGUAUUAACUAAUUAAAAAAAUGGGAGUUUU